UCUAGUUUGUGUGCACACCAGUUGACAAAGGUGAACUGAGAAGAUCUGGUCUCUUCGUGUCAACAUUGUUUUCAACUUAUGUAACGUUUUUUAAGUUGUCAGAGACGAACCAGGAAACAGUUACUGUUCAGUUCUCACUGAGAAGAGAAACACAGACAGACGGUAAGAUUUACCUUUAAUACAAAGCUGUGACUUCAACUGAGGGAGGAAAGUUACAGGAGGAAGUAGUUAAGUAUACUGAAGUAGUGAAGUACUUCAACCUGCUGCGGACUGAAAAAACACUCAAGACACAAGGUUUAAGUAACUGGGGCAACUUUCUACAGCAGGGUGGAGAAACACAAGUGACUUCCUGUUUUAUCGUGCUGUGUUUCCAGAUUCACUCAGACACAAUAUGGAUUCCAGAUUAGAGGAGGAUCUCUGCUGUCCAGUCUGUCAUGACGUCUUUAGAGAUCCUGUCGUUCUGUCAUGUAGCCACAGCUUCUGUAAAGACUGUCUGAAGAGCUGGUGGAGACAGAAACAAACCAGUGAGUGUCCAGUCUGUAAGAGAAGAUCUUCAAAGGAACGCCUACCGUGUAACCUGGUGUUAAAGAACCUUUGUGAGGCAUUCCUACAGGAGAGAGAUCCGAGAGCUUCAGAGGCUCUCUGCAGUCUGCACUCUGAGAAACUCAAACUCUUCUGUCUGGACCAUCAGCAGCCAGUGUGUCUCAUCUGCAGAGAUUCAAAAAAACACAACAACCACAGAUUCAGACCCAUCGAUGAAGCAGCAGGACAACACAAGAAGGAACUUCAGGAAACUCUGGAGGCCUUAAAGGAGAAGUUAAAGGUAUUUGAACAAGUUAAAGAGGAGUUUGAUCAAACAGUAGAACACAUUAACGCCCAGGCCCGACGCACAGAGAGUCAGAUUAAAGAACACUUUAUGAAGCUUCGCCAGUUUCUAGAUGAGGAAGAGGAGGCCAGGAUUGCUGCACUGAGGGAGGAAGAGGAGCAGAAGAGUCGGAUGAUGAAGGAGAAGACAGAGGCUCUGAGUAGAGAGAUAGCAGCUCUUUCAGACACAAUCAGAGCCACAGAGGAGGAGGUAAGAGUUGAAGAUGUCUCAUUCCUGAACAACUACAAGGCUGCAGUGGAAAGAGUCCAGCAGCGCCUCCUGCUGAAGGAUCCGCAGCUGCUCUCAGGAGCUCUGAUAGACGAGGCAAAACACCUGGGCAACCUGACCUUCAACAUCUGGAACAAGAUGAAGGAGAUGGUCUCUUACAGUCCUGUGAUUCUGGAUCCAAACACUGCUCGUCCAGAACUGAUACUGUCUGAAGAUCUGACCAGUGUGAGAGGAGGAGAGGAGCAGCAGCUUCCUGACAAUCCAGAGAGGUUUGAUUAUUUUCCUAUCGUCCUGGGAUCUGAGGGCUUUAACUCAGGGACUCACAGCUGGGAUGUCGAGGUUGGAGACAGUACAGGCUGGUUACUGGGUGUGUUAGCAGAGUCUGUCCAGAGGAAGGGACUUAAACUGUCUGGACUAUGGACAAUAGGGUUCUAUGAAGGCAAAUACUCAGCAGAGUCACCGCCAGCUUCAUCCACUGUUCUCCGUGUGCAGAAGAAGCUCCAGAGGAUCAGAGUGAAUCUGGACUGGAACAGAGGAAAGCUGUCAUUCUCUGAUCCUGAUACUAACACACACAUACACACCUUCACACACACUUUCACAGAGAGGACGUUUCCAUACCUUGGCACUGUGGACAAACUCCCACUGAAGAUAUUACCAGUGAAAGUCUGUGUGACAGUUGAACGUAACAGUUAAUGUUGGUUAUUUCUUAAAGGGAAGAGUCACAUCUCAUCUGCUUCUGUCUCAUUAUACUAAAAAUAUGUUCAUCUUUGUUUGUGCGUGUGCAACAGCAACCGCUUUGUGGGAGCUAAUGGAUCCAAAAAAAUUAAAAAGAAUCAACUCACCAAUAACUGCAUGUUGAGCAGCCAAAUUGUUUAAAUAUAUAUUAAAUGUGUUUUAAGACAUCCAACAUCAUGGAUGUACGUCAUUUGAUAACAUGUCUAAGGUAGACAUAUUCAUGAUUUCAAACUGUAUGUAACGUUGGUGAUUUCAGAAUUCAUUAACAUGAACAUUAAUGCUGAAUGUACAUUCGCUCCUGUUUUUCAUCAACAUAAUAAAAUAAUGUCCUUUCUCUCCA